CGCCGGGCCCGUGGGGCGGGAGCGGGGCAUGGAGAAGCUGCGGCGGCUGUGGAGGGGCCGCACGAUGACCUUCGGGGUGCCCCUGCUGUUAACAGGAGAGUGAACUUGAUCCUGACUUCAUUAGAAUGGUGCCAACCUAACUUAUAUUUAUAUUGCAUCCUGAAUAGCUUCUACUCUCUUUUUAUGCCUGGACUAGUGGAUGGAACAUACAGGACUUCACUGCUGCUUUUGGCUGUAUCUCAUUGGAGGAUCUUUUGGACUCCGUGAAUUUGCUCAGAUAAGAUACGAUGUUCACAAACUACAUGGCAAGGUUGAUCCAGCUUUGAAAGAAAAAUUAAAACAGAACCCUGUGACACUGGAAUCUGAAUAUGAGAAGCUGGACAAAUCCAACUUGGAUAACUGGGAGAACAUCAGAGGACCCAAUCUGUGGGAAGAUUCCAGGACGGUUCAGAAACAACGGCGGGAGGCUCUCCGUCUCAAGACAGAGUGACUGAGAAAGCUACCUUUGGUGCCUCUGGGAAAAAAAAGUCUCAGGCUGGACUGUCUUAAUUUUUAAUCCAGUGUCAGGAACGGACAUGGGAACAUUUGCACUGAACAAUUCAGCUGGUGUAUAUAUAAGUAACUGUGAGAUCAGUCCAAAAAGCAUUGUACUAUAUGAAGCUCUUUGUUUGCAUCCAUUUGUGCAGAGUACCAUGGGCUGCAUAUGUGAAUUUUCAAUUAAAAAAAGCUGAUUAUUCUACUGAGAAUAUCCCACUGUUUUUCAGUCUCUAACAUUCAAAACUGCUUCAGCAUGGAAUAACAUUUCAAGAGUCACUUGUCAGUACCAGAAGUUGUCAUCCUAAUGAGAACAACAGUGCUGUCAUCUAGAUGUGUGUGACCAGAUAAGUGCUGCUUCACAGAGUCCCUGUAUGACUUCAGGCCCUUUAGCUUGGAAGGGACUCUACAGGCAUAUGAGCUGUUCAGAACAAUGAGUCCAAUUUUGGCUAAAUAAUACUCUUGUGUUUCAUUUCCAAGGACUGCAUAAAGGCAUGUACUGAGUGUCAGCUGAUAAUUGGUCAAAUAACAUUUGUUUAGCUGUGGUUAAAUUUCUGUGAUUAGUUUAUCAAUACCUUCAUGCAGGCUGGACCUCUGCUCUGGAACCUCUCAGUUUAAAUUGGAAGAACUCUUCCUUGCAAAGAGCUGUGCUGCUUCUCUGUGAGUAAAUAUUACAGCAGAAUCUUCUUCAGCCACUACAUAGUGGCAGAGCUCAUCUUACAUGUCUAUUUGUGCAUGUGCAUAGAAAUUUUUUUAUGUUCCAAUCAAUUCUUCUGAAAUGCUUGUCUUUUUAUAUUUGUCUUUGUGUGCUAAAUCUUUGCUGUUAGAGGACAUUGUGCUAACAUUCAGGACCCUUCUGCCGAGAAAGCUCAAAGAAGAAGCAUCUACUCAAGUUUUCAAAUUAAAUGAAGCUUUUGAUAAGGAGUUGCAACAGACUUGUGAAACUCCUCAUCAGAGGAAUGGAGCAGUAGAGCACACAUUAACAGCAGAAUCUGGUUUCAAAACUCUCAGUGACACCUAUAUGUAAACUAUAGAACUGCUUUUGGAACUGUUUUUGAAAAAGGUGUGGCCUUACUCCCCUCUGCAGGAUGUGUCAAAUGUAAUCUGAAUGUCCUUUUGGACAUUUUUAGGGUAGCCUCCUCAUGUAGAUCUUCUCUCAGCACUUCAUUUUCUUUAUACUGUCAGUGGUGAGGCCCAGUCUUUCACUCAGGAAGAAGAAUUAACACUGAUUUUUAGGGAGUUAUAAAGGAAUUAAUAAAGCAUCACAUGAAAUAUCUUAGGCAUGUUUUGUGCAAGUUUUCUUCUGAUAAGAGUUGUGAAAACCAUCAGAAAGUGGUGGAUGAAAUCUAGAACAAAGUUGGAGCUGUGCGUUUGUGUGUUUCGCUGUUCAAGGUCAUAGACAUCUCUGCUUCUCAAUCGAAGUAUGAACAAAUUAAACCACCCAGAGAGGAAUAAGAGGAUCAAUGCAGGAGUAGGAAAUAAAAAAUAGGGAAACCUAUAUAGGGAAACCAGUGAAAAGCUGGAAUACUGUGAAGGGAUAGAAUGUAAGAAAAUAGUGCAGAAUGUAGCCUCACACCUGAGGAGUUGCAGCUGUACUAAUCCCCAAAGAUUAGGAACAGGCCUGCCCUUAAUAGGCCACGGCUGUGUCCAAUAAGAAGACGAGCGCUACAAAAGAGUGGCUUAGCUGGGCGAGGAGAGAGUUGGAGUCUGUUGGUUGUGCUGUGAAAAGAGUUGGAAUUUGUUGGCUGUGCUGCAAAGAAGAAGUCAGUGCUGCAAGGAGAUGUCCAUGAGAAAUCAAUUAGAAGGUAUGGAACUUUUGCAAUAAGAUGACAACAGAAUACAGAGGCAUUAAGCUGUGCUAGACCUAGACAAGGAGGAAAUUGGUUUAAUUGUUUUGUCAUUAGGCAAAUGAAAUAUAAAUAUGACAAAUAAGGAGUAAUUAAUACUGCAUAACUUCAAGGCUUAAAUUGAAGUUCAGGUGCAGUUCCACUGACUGUAAGAUUGAUCAUUCAAAGGACAUCAGAGCUUUGGCUACACUGACAGUGUUCUCUCAGUUAGGACUCUGGCUGCAUCACACUACUGUUACAGUGAGAGCUAGACCAUUGGAAAUGUAUCUUUACAUUCCCCACUGGUGUGGACUCUGCAUAUUCACUGCCUUUUUGAGAGGAUGCACAUCUUCCUUUUCCCUGCUUUCAUUGAGGGAGAUGGGAAGCUGGCAUUGCUUUGCAUAUGGAGAGGUGUGCUCAGCUCCCAGGCUUGCACGGUGCCUCACAAUAUGGACCAGCACUGCUCCUGAAAUAAACACACAGCUUUCUAAGAACAGCAUGUGGAAGAGAAGCAGCCCCUUUCUCCACAGGAAGAAGCAAAAAGUUAUUUCUCUUACAUGAAGCCCUUAUCCAUUUUCUUCGUGAACAAAACACUCACUGAAAUAUCCUGUGUAUUUUUAGUAAUGUGAUAUUCUGCAAAGACUGUUUUGGGAAUGGUCAUAUUAUUUCAGCAAGUUUGGAAUGUAGUUGUAGAUAAUUACUUAUUUGGAGCAAUUUCUUAUGUCCUAACUUAGGAUCCAGUCUUAGUUGAUUGUUUGCUGGUUGUGUGGUUUCCCCUGCCUUUCUUAGGCACUAAUUGCUUCUGAGGGCAUAUGUGUAACUACCUUUGAAGUGGCUUCUCUGGAAAGCAAUGGAUUUAUCUUAGCACCUCUGAGAAAAAAUGAUAUACAGUUGGAAGACUUUGCAACUUGCCCUUCUCUCCAACUUACAUUUUAGAAGACAGCCUAUAUGUAUUGGUUGUCCACUAAAAUAAAAACCCACCAUGUUUUUUAA